GUUUCCGUGCCGACACCCCGGUCCCCGGAGCACGAUAAAAACAGAUCGAGUCGAUCGAUCAUCGUAUAGUACCUUAAAAAACGUUCGUUAAGAAUAAUCGUUCGGGUAUCUUGAGGUGUUAAAAAAGCAUACAGAGAACUCCGAAGUUCGACGAGGUUCCUUGAGGGGAAAUCGAAAGAGAUCAAUUUAAACUGACAGUAAGAAUGCGUCUGUAUUUUGUGAUCGGCCUUACGGCCUUAGUGGCUGGUGCAUCAGCUUCGUCUCGUCAGGACUUCCUGACGAAGUCACUGAACGAGUGUAUCUCCGCCGAGUCCUGGUCUUCGUGCCUGAAAGAAGAAGUACUUGGAUAUUUGGACGAUAAAUUGGGAACGACGACCGAGGCCAGAUCUUUGGAUACCGUUGACGAGGCACUCGUCGCCAGGACCUUUAAAUACCUUAAGAGUUUUGACUACGGAAUCGACCUUCCAUUCGUUGAUGCAAGUCUAAAGUACAGACCGAGUCGCAGUCUCGCCGAUUUGGACGUUGAAUUCAAAGACAACGAAGUGGCUACCAAUCAAGCCCGCGGUAUCCUCAAGAAAAAACUCCUCUUGCCGUUCUUGCUCCUGCUGAAAUUGAAACUCAAGGCCCUCAUGCCAAUAUUCGUCGCCAUCAUCGGCCUCAAGGCACUCAAAGCUCUUGUGCUCUCGAAACUCGCGAUUCUUCUUGUCGUCGGAUUUAUCGCAGUGCAAUUCUUCAAGAAAGGUGGCAUGCCAGCACCCAUGGGAAUGACGAUGGAUCCGGCAACCGCCUACGGAGCUCCACCAGUACCAUCGUCGACUUCCGGCUACGAGCCGGUCAACGCCAACACGUGGGACGGAAAUGGACCCUACUCUCGCGUAUGGACACCAACGAAUGGCGCUGAAGCUCAAAAUUUAGCCUACAACUACUAUUCCGGAUCGAGCAGCUCCGGCAGUUCAUACAGCCCGUCCUCGUCUUCCUCAUCGGCAUCAUCUUCCGGAAGCUCCGGUAGCUCGACGAACUAUUGAUUUGCAGUUCCUGUCGAUGAUUACCAUAGAAAAUUAACAAAUUCGCGAUUUAUCGGGACUGAGAUGUAACGAGACCGAUAUAAAAUCUUUGAUUAUUCGCGAUCCGAUUAAAUUACCACGAGAGAAUAGCCCUCGUCGAUCGACCACCAUAGAAAAAGGACUUCGUGCGGGCUCCCAUCCAAAGAUAACCACGCCAAAUAGAUUAUUCCAAAUUGUAAAUUAAACGCUUAAUUCCCUCUGUGACUCUCUCUCUCUCUCUCGGUGCAGAGGCGUUAUUGCGUCCUUUCGGAUUAUCGAGGAGAUAAUCUUUAUUGGAGAACCAGACACGCCCCAAGAGUCACAUGCGGAAUAGAGACUGACGAUACAGCGCAAUUAUAUCCAUCGUUGAUUAUUGUAAUUGGUAUAGUAAUUCGCAUGCUAAUGUGGCGAUAAUUUAUUGCAAAGGAUCGCUGAAAAAAUCAUCAAUGGCCUCGGUUAUAAAUGUAUGAUUAUUUAUUGUUGUUUGCGUGACCCUCAUAUUUAUAUUACCCCCAUUGAAAUUGUUAAUA